AUGAACCCAGACCACAUAGUCGUUGAAUUCAAAUCGGUUGGUGGGUUUGAUAGAAUCAAAGAAGCAUCGUACGAGUUGGUUAUUCUUCCUCUUAAAAGGCCCGAGCUUUUCGCUUAUGGCAAACUUUUGGAUCCCCAAAAAGGUGUGCUUUUAGUUUCUAAUUUAAUGAGUAAAUGGUUUGGUGACGCCCGUAAACUAGGUAAACAAAACGGGAUUUCUUUCAAAAUCAUUGCCUUGUUUGGACAGUUUCCUGGGGCUGUGAUGAGCUACGGACAACGAGGCGAUAGCUGUAUCCGUGCCAUAUAUAUUAACAGAAUGGUUUUUAAGUUCAAAAUGCUUUUCCUCCUUCGCCUACAUGUCCUGAGAAAAAAGAUAUUGAAGGUGAUAUUGAAGAAUGAGAGAGUGGUGGACACUAUUGAUUUUGACCACAUAGCUAGACUGUGUGAAGGCUCUGCAAACAAGCAGCAUAUAUUCCUCUCAGGAUCUCUUGAAUGA